AUGUCUUUCGCCAAUUUCCUACCUCGACAGAAGAAGAGCAGCAAGGCGACUGUUGCAGGGCCAUUGGCCGACAGUGAACAAAAUGGGAUGAAGCAAAGUUUGUCGAAAUUCAAAUCUAGCAAGCAGCUCAAGCAAAACAACGCAAAGAAGCACUCGGCUGAUCUGGCACGGCCCAAGCUUGAGCAACGCUUCUCGCAAUCCGAGACGGCACUGGCUCGAUUACCGUUGAACCGGAGUGCCAGCGAAGAAGGGCCCGUUGCUCCUAAUUCGCAGCCGGAUAUUCUGGCCGAUCAACAAGACCGGAACGUUUUGCGGCUGUCAUCUUAUUUGCUCGACGAUGAUUGUCUGAAUCUGUCGGCCUUGGCGCUUGAGAUGCCAGAAUUCGGCCCUUCUUUUGGUAUGGAAGAGGUGCUCAAUGACCCGGGCAAAGACGCUUCACAACAACCUCUGCAAGGAUCACAACUACCCACGCAACAAUCACAACAACCUUCGAAAGAAUCGCAACAACCUCCGCGAGAAUCGCUGCAACCUACCUCGACAUCCUCUACCCCCGACACCUGGGAUCGCCAUUCCUCAUACUACAGCCCGGCCUCAUCGACGUCGAGCCUCUCCGAUUUUUCCACCGGUAACACACCUGUCGACAAGCCGGCCGCCCAACUGCAAAAAGCAUUUACAGUGGCCAACCCGGCCAGGAAACCGACCUUUGACCAAAGCACGCCGCCGCAGCACCCGACCCAGAGGAGGACAAACUCAUCAUCCGACUUGAAAAACAAGCCUCUGCCCAAAGUGCCCUCGCCGCCUCGGAUCACGGUCCCCAAAGAGCCCCUGGCACGCGCACCCAACCACAUCGUCCAUCUAAUGUCGAGGUACUCGCCGCGGGAGGUGGACGAGUCGCCCGUCGACAAGUUCUUCAAGCCUCGACUGUCGGCGGAUGACGAUAAAAAGACGAUCUCGCCGGCGAACUACGACGAUCUGGAAUCCGAGCUGGACCGCAUCAUCGGCGAGUCGCGCCAGGAGCAGAGCAUGCCGUCGCCGCGACCGCCGGUGGAAGUUGAAGAUGUGGACGUGGUUGCGCCGUUGAGGGUGAGCAUUGGCGGGCGGAAGAGCACUAGCUCCCCGGAGCCGCCCAAGGCUCAGAGCCAGCGCGGGAGAUCCAGCACGGCCGGCUCCUUCAGCCUUUUCCCGCCUACCAACAACAACAACAACAACAACAACAACAUCAACAUCAACAUCAUCAAAACAACUGCUCCAUCAUCGCCGCCGCGUCCACCGCCCACGCACACUCGCCUCGAGUCCAACUCGUCCGCCGAGUCGGAUGUCUCCAGCCUCCCCACCAUGGAGCCCAGCAGCCAGUGCCCCGUGUCGUCUACCAAGGGCGUCGGCCGCAAGUUGCGAUACUCGCUGCGUCUGCCGCGCCGCCAGAAGACUACCCAGGCGCGGCGACAGCGCGAGGAUCCUGCGGAUGGUGCGAGCGUCUUGGUGACGCUCGAGGACGACCAGGCCGCGCUGGCCAAGAGCACCGACCGGUACAUCGAUGCCCAAAUCGCAAAGGCGCUGGACGUGGCCAUUGAGGAGCAGGCCGAACUGGAAGACAGCGGCUCGGACGGCGAGGACAACAAAAAACCAGCACCCACCAACAAUGGUGAAACAGACGAAUGGUCGACCAUCUACCCGCUCAAGGCGGUUAAGAAACUGGGCAUUCCUUUGAUGAGCAGCAGCCACAUUCCCCGCCUCACGUCGUCGGACAAUGAAAAGGCCCUCCGCCUGCAGCUGCCCAAGCUCAACACGGCGGCUUCCAACGCCCUCGUCCAGUCUCAGAUCAUCCCACAGCCACCACGGGCCGCCGCCAGCGUCAAGAACUAUCCUGAAACUCCAGACGAUGUGGGGCUGCAUACGCGGUCCUUUAUCAUGGACUCCCCACCAGCCCAGUCACCGAUUGACGAGGAGGGAGAAGAAGAAGUAGCCGGCGCACCCAAGGAAGAUGCUAUGCCACACAGUGACAAAAUAUUCAUCUCUCUCAACCGAAUGGAGACUGUUACCGAGGAGGUACCGCUGGCGCUGGCCCGGCCAUCCCAGUCCCGCAAUCUACACCCACAACGCCAAUCUAUGCUCUACGAGCUGGAUGGAAAUGGCUCCACUCCUAUCGUCGCGUCCCCGGGGCCUUUUGAGAACGUUAAUCUUCCGAUGCCGUCCCGAAUGCCCGAGAAGGUUGUUAUGGCACUGAUGAUGAACGUGAGCAAUCUCGAUCAACUAUUCAACUACGCCCUGCUCAACAAACAAUUCUACUGGGUCUUCAAGAGAAGCGAACUUUCAUUGAUUAAGAACGCCCUUUUCCAGAUGAGCCCUCCCGCCUGGGAACUGCGGGAGAUGAGUCCGCCCUGGACUGAAGAGUUGCAAAGUAUACAAGACCCAGAUGCCACUGUUCCGGAAUAUACCCCGACAUCGUACCUACGGCAUUACGGUCGCGACAUGAUCAACCUAGCCAAACUCAAAUCUUUGAUCCUCGCGCGCUGUGGCACUUUUGUCCGUCCAGAGACGGUCGGCGGAUUAGCAGGCAGCGACGAACUCCGCGCGGACGAGAUCGACGAAGCCUUCUGGCGCAUUUGGACAUUUUGCCGAAUCUUUGGCUGUGGAAAGAACCGAGAAGCCGACGUCAAAGGCCAAAUGGACUGGUUGAAUGGUGGCGUUGUUGCUAACGGGAACAAGGCCGGGGCUACAGUUUUCAUGCCGGAGCCAUCUUUCAGCAUGAACAACGUGCUCUUUGACCCGCCUGCAGGGUUUGGCAUUGGUAAUGGAAGCGGGUUGACCCAUGGUCAACUGUACGACAUGAUGGAAAUCUGGAAUUGCCUUAGUGUUCUUGUCCAGGUCAUGCACGGCGAAAGCAAAGAGGCUCGCAAGGCCGGUGUGUUCGAAGGCAUGGAUAUUUCACUUGGCGACAUCCCCAAGGAAGAUAGUAUGCUUGAGGAGUGGACUUCCUAUAUCCUAACACUCGGGCCAUCGGCGCUAGUUGCCUUGAGCUCGGUUUGCCCGAAUGACUCGGCCCAGGCCACGUUUGCCAAGGCCAAGCAGAUGGGCGUGACCAAAUGGGAGCCUCCAGAGCCUGGUUCUAGUCGACAACCAUUCCUUCGUGAAGCGAUUGCUCGUACAUACGAGACCAGGAUCGCCCCACAGCAGACCACGCCCCCACAGCAACAGCAACAGCAACAGACAAGCAACGGUGGAUCCCCGGUGCGGAGAAGUAAUCCACCACCUACCAGCGAACCCCGAACCAGCUAUAGCAUGAGCCACAAUGCCCGAGAGCCAGGACGUCGCCCCGAUUUGGCAAUCAUGAAUGAAGACAACUCGGUAUCACAAUUCUACAAUAACGACAACAACUAUGUUCCUCCAUACACCCCGUCCAACCAAGAAUCAUUUCCUGUUUCUCACGGCCCGCCCCCGCGGUACUCUGCACUUUCAACCUUUAUUGAUCCUGUCGACAAAGCCAUUGCCAUGAUGGUUAAUGACCUUGGCUUCAGCGAACACGAUGCCAAGUGGGCUCUGAAAAUCACCGACACUGGAGACAUGCUUGAUAUCGAAGCUGCCAUCCGCCUGCUCACCAAAGAGCGCAAGAAGAGGACCAAAGGAAAGGUGUCCCAGUUGUGGAGAACGGGCUCAAACAACAACAGUGGUGAUGAGAGUGGCCCAGAGAAUCUCGUUGAUCCGCUUGUCAACGCACCCAAACACAGUAGUGGUGCAGGCUGGAGAUGGGCUUGA